AUGGUGUGGUGGCUUGGGCUGAUGGCACUGGUGGAUACAGCUUCAGCUGAAAGCUGCCUGGUGCAAGGUAUGGCAUACCAAAGUUCGAGAGUUGGAACUCUGCCAAACGGCGCGUGGGUGAGCGAUGCAUCCACUUGUCAGAGUAACUGUGCAGCGAGUCCUUUCUGCGACUAUUUCACCUGGUACAAUGAUUCCAAGAGCUGUUGGCUCUUUGGAGACCAAGCCACUUUGAAAGCUCAUGGCAAUGCUACCUCUGGGCCAAAGAUCUGCGACCCAGUUGACACAAAGAUGAGUGUGACGACAGGAAGCGAGGAGGACGAAAAGAAGGUUGUUGCGAAAUUGGGCAAACUGGCCCAGGUCAUCAAGACAAAGACGAAUGAUCCAAAGGUCAUCGAAGAUGCUGACAAGGUCAUUCGAUCCACCUCAGCUGGAAUUCUUCCUGAUCGUGACAUUGUGUAUCCUGUGGUCAACGAAGUCAGCGCGGUUUUGACCUUGGAAGAGGCUGAGAAGGAAGACAUUGUGGUGGUGGAAGAGGACCUGAAAGUCAUCAACAACAAGGAGCUAGGGGGCUUGGAGCCGGCAAAGCCGGGUGUCUCCUAUGGUGCUGGUGCUCCUUGGAGAGAUGCCGUGGUUCCCUACUGCUUCCUCCCCAGCAUCUCUCAUGCAAGUAUUCAGAACACCCAAGCAGCGGUUAACAUCAUCCGGCGCUUGGUCCCUGGCAUCACUUUCAAACCACUGCGUGGCAACGAUGGUGGUUGUGAGGAGUCACCAGCAAUCUUUGUGACCGACCGGGAGCAGGGCUGCUUUGCGGAUAUCGGAAUGCAGUUUCAGGUCUUUGGUGGCAGCCAGGUCAUGAAUGUCCCGCCAAUUUGUUCUGUGGGCGUGGUGCUUCACGAGUUGCUACAUGCUUUAGGCAUGGCACACGAACAAGCACGACCCGAUCGAGACAAGUACAUCACUGUUCUUUGGCAGAAUAUCAAACCCGGCAUGGAGGGCCAGUUUGGCGUGAUGGGGAAUGCAGACGCUUCACGGCCCUAUGACCUCACCUCCAUCAUGCACUAUGGUCCAACGGCCUUCACCAAGAACGGCUUACCUACACUGGCCCUCACAGCCAGAGGUCAACAACAGCUGAAUGCCCUGGGAGCCUACACCAUCGGGCAGCGUGAUGUGUCUUUGGUUGAAUAA